GUUCUGCAUUCCUACAAGUCGUUCCGUCGCAAGAAGCAGCAGUUUGUGAUAACUGAAACUCGCGCAAAGAUAAACCACCCAGAUACCCUAGCACACCCUAACCAACAGUCGAGAUGCCGCCCUCAGCUACAGAGACCGUGCAGCAGGUUGUAGUCCCAAUCGUCGAGAAGACCAUUGGUACGAAGGUGGAGCAACCUCAGAACACCAAUGGCUCUGUGAAGGCAGCCCAACCAGAAGGCGAGGAGCUUCCCAAGCUCGAGACCAACCAUAAGGAGCCCCUCAAGCUCAGCGGUGCGCUGGACAAGUUUGAAUCCUUCGACGUGACGCCUGUCAUCGGUCGUGAGUACGCCAACGUCGACCUUGUGGAGUGGCUUCGAGCUCCCAACUCGGACGAGCUCAUCCGAGACCUUGCCAUCACGAUCUCUCGUCGCGGCGUCGUCUUCUUCCGCUCCCAGGACAAGCUCACCGACGAGCUGCAGAAGGAGCUCGUGCAGAGGCUCGGCGAGCUGAGCGGCAAGCCCGCGACCUCGAAGUUGCACAUCCACCCGGUCAACAACGCGGGCCGCGAGGGCGGCGGCGGGGACGACGAGAUCAGCGUCAUCUCGUCCCAGCAGGCCAAGAAGCUGUACUCAGACCGCUUCGCCGCCUUCGGCUACGGUAGCAAGCGCCAGAGCGGCAAGAAUCAGUGGCACUCGGACAUCACCUUCGAGCCCGUGCCGAGUGACUACGCACUUCUGCGGCUGACCCAGCUGCCCAAGACCGGUGGUGACACGCUCUGGGCCUCAGGCUACGAACUCUACGACCGCAUCUCCCCAACGCUCCAACGCUUCCUCGACACCCUAACAGCCUACUACGCGCAGCCCCUCUUCAACGAGGCCGCCGCGCGCAACAACUUCCCCAUCUACAGCGCCCCGCGCGGCGCCCCCGAGAACGCCGGCGAGGCGCUCGAGGCCGUUCACCCGGUGGUGCGCACCAACCCGGUGACGGGGUGGCGCAGCGUGUUCGCCGUGGGCCACCACGUGCAGCGCGUGCACGGCCUGUCCGAGACCGAGAGCCGCAAGCUGCUGGACUGGUUCGUGAGCCUGGUCGUCGAGAACCACGACCUGCAGGUGCGCCUCCGCUGGCAGGCCGAGAACGACGUGGCCAUCUGGGACAACCGCAGCGUCUACCACGCCGCCACGCCCGACUACGUCUACGAGGAGGGGCUCGGCGAGAGGUCGGGUAGCCGCGCCGUCAGCCUGGGAGAGAGGCCGUAUUUUGACCCGCAGAGCACGGGCAGGCGGGAGGCGCUGAGGAGGGAGAGGGAGGAGGCCGCCGCUGGUGCCGGUGCUGCGGCUUGAGGCGCGGGGGCUGGCGGUUCGUGUGGGAUGGCAGCUCCGCGUGGGCUUGGUUUUGUUCGGUACCUCGAGUUAGUAGCGUGAUACAAAUAAGUAAAGCAUCAAUUACAGGUUGUCCCUUGCCUUGCAUGUACAGCUGCGACGAACAGAGCAGGCAAUGGAGAAGAGCGCCUAAGAAGCCAGGAAGGAGAGAACGGGGAUGGCAAAAGUGAAUCCCAUGGGUUUCGAGGCGCAACUGCUGGACGGGGUGUUUCACAUAUCACUACAUCCCA